GUGUCCAUAUAGCUACAUUUUCAAUUUCAUAUCGAGAAUAGCUAGCUAAACUACUACCAUACACACACACUAGUCACUAACCACUAUAGAGUACUGUCUGCCAAUAUUAUACCAUGGAUGAAAUGCCAUUACAGCUUGAUCUUCCAGGCUUCCGUUUCCAUCCAACUGAAGAGGAACUUCUUGAUUUCUACCUCAAAAAUAUGGUUUUCGGUAGAAAAAUGCGUCUAGAUGUUAUUGGCUACCUCAACAUCUAUCGUCAUGAUCCUUCGGAGUUGCCAGGUUUGUCAAAGGUUGGGGAGAGGGAGUGGUAUUUUUUUGUGCCUCGAGAUAGGAAACAUGGCAACGGAGGAAGGCCUAAUAGGACCACACAAAAUGGAUUCUGGAAGGCUACUGGUUCUGAUAGGAAAAUCGUGAGCUUAUCGGACCCGAAGAGAAUGAUCGGAUUUAGAAAGACUCUUGUUUUCUAUAAGGGAAGAGCACCGAGAGGGUCCAAGACCGAUUGGGUGAUGAACGAGUAUCGCCUGCCUGAAUAUUCAAGCCCCCUGCCCAAGGACAUAGUAUUGUGCAAGAUAUAUAGGAAGGCAACUUCGUUGAAAGUUCUAGAGCAAAGGGCAGCAAUGGAAGAAGAAAUGAAGACAAUUCAUGCAUCUCCAUCAUCAUCUUUGGACACCAUGUCAUUUUGCAGUCAGCCAGAAGAUCCAGUCCCACCAGAAUUGCCUUCGCAACACUUGGUUUUCAAGAAAGAGAUAGAAGAUGACAUUAUUAGAUAUGAAAAGCCAAGGGAGAUUAAAGGGCCAAGUCUUCAAUUACCCAUGGGGACGGACAAGUUACCAGAGCUCCAAGUUCCCAGCAAAUUGAGCAUGGAGUGGAACCAAGAUCCAAUUUGGUCCCUAAAUAGUCCCUGGCUUCAAAAUUUGAUCCCUUAUGCAGACAUUUUGAAUUUCUAAUACGGGUAUUAAACUCAAAAUUUUUGUUUUGUAGAUAACUUCUUUCACAUCCUAAUUAUCAACUAUUGCCCCACCUAGCUCAGCAAGUAAGAAUCUUCAAGAUGAGUGCUUAAGAGGGUGGCAAUAACUGUGAGUUAAAUAUGUAUUCGAAGCAUAUAGCUUAUCUUUGUUAAUGAACUACUUAAUUAAGAAUUUGAUUUACCAUUGCUCUGAAUAA